AUGGAGGACGCAGGCGGCGUUGACAAUGACACGCGAGGCUGGAUCAUGGCCUCGGUCAGCGGCAUAGCCUGUGUCGUUGGCGCGUCCAUUAUUUGCGUCGACUCUCUCGUUCGCCUCAUACCCAGCAAGCGCCAGUUCCGCAUCCAGGAGAGCAGCAUGUUUCUCGCAUGCUCGCUCAGCCUGAGCUUUGGCGUCAUGCUUUUCUCGGCAUUGUAUAGUAUGCUGCCGUCGUCCAUGCACUAUCUGAUUAAGGGGGAGUGGGACCGGCAGAUGGCCGGCUUCGUCAUGAUGGGCUCCUUCGUCAGCGGCUUCUUCGGCAUCCAGAUCAUCUCGCGCCUCUUGCACCAGUACAUGCCCUCGCAUGUUGUCGACUGCGACCACACCCAUCUUGACCACGUCGACGAGGACCACUCGAGUUCCCUUAGCCACCAGCAUUCGAGGACGAGUAGGAGUCGACAACGGUCCAUGCGCAGGGUAUCCUCGCACUCGGCUACUGCGCAUCCGCCUCACAUGGUCGAGGUCGGAAAUACUACCGUGACAGAGUCGACGCCGCUGCUAGCCACCGUUGAGACCGACCACAACGCACAGCCCGACGUCGUUGCCCACUCCCACGGCCCGUCAAAGGAUACACGCAGCCGAGCUGCCACCCAAAACAGACGGCCGUCGGUGCCUUCUCACGUCCAACACCGCGUCAUGUCCUUCGUCAAGGAUACCAAGCCUAAUUGCGACGAGUUUGGCCCAUGCUACGGCUAUUCGGAUCCAUGUGGGCAAGAGUGCUUCAAGCAUAUCACCACGCGCUCUGGUCUUUCUCGAAAUCCCACUCUCCUGCGCACCGCCACAGGAACCACCGGCUCUCUAACGAGUCUAGGGAUCUACCGUAUCAGCCGCGCCCAGUCCCGAGACUCGGCGCCGGGGCACUACGACGAUUGCGAUUCCCACACACACCUCGCCCACAGUGACGACGAUAGUGUCGCCGCCGGCGAGUGCUUGUCUCCAAUGCAAGACGACUUGGAGGCGCAACAUCACCAUCACGUACCUACCAAUGCGUUCCUCUCCAUUGGCCUGCAGACGGUCAUCGCCAUUGCGCUUCACAAGUUCCCCGAGGGCUUCAUCACGUACGCCACCAACCACGCCAGCCCAGCGCUCGGGUUUAACGUAUUCAUGGCCCUGUUUGUGCACAACAUCGCCGAGGGCUUCGCGCUGGCGCUGCCUCUUUACAUGGCCCUAGGCAGCCGCCUCAAGGCCCUGCUCUGGUCCACCCUGCUCGGCGGCUUCAGCCAGCCACUCGGCGCCGGAGCCGCCGCCCUGUGGUUCAAGCUCGCCAACCACUCGCACUUUGACAUCGACAACACGGCCUACGCCUGUCUCUUUGCCGUCACGGCGGGCAUCAUGACAAGCGUCGCCCUGCAGCUGUUUGUCGAGAGCCUGAGCUUAAACCAUAACAGGAAUUUGAGCAUCUUCUUUGGCUUUCUGGGCAUGACGAUUCUGGGCGUCAGCAAUGCGAUUGUAGCUGACUGA